UUGUUUGCAGUGAAAAGCAUGGAAAAUCGUAACGAAAACGGGCAUGGAAACUCGGGAAAAGAGGUCCGCGUUUGGUGCGAUGGAUGCUAUGAUAUGGUACACUUUGGACAUGCGAAUUCUUUACGCCAGGCGAAGGCUCUCGGUCACAAACUGGUAGUAGGCAUCCAUAAUGAUGAGGACAUCACAAAGAACAAGGGACCGCCAGUUUUUACGCAGGAGGAAAGAUACAAAAUGGUGCGUGGUAUCAAAUGGGUCGACGAAGUGGUCGAAGAUGCACCGUACGUGACAACGCUGGAAACGCUCGACAAAUAUGACUGCGAUUUCUGCGUGCACGGUGAUGACAUCACUCUAACAGCCGAUGGUGUUGAUACGUAUCAUCUAGUCAAAAAAGCACAGCGAUACAAGGAAGUAUCGAGAACGGCGGGUGUUUCGACGACGGAUCUGGUCGGACGUAUGCUGCUUCUUACAAAAAACCAUUUUAAGCAAGGUGAAAAGGAAUAUGAGGUUGAAAAAGAUGAAGCAUACGAAGCACUGUUGAAGCGGUAUAACGUAGAAAAAUUCCAAAUCUCAGGCUCGUCCCAACUCGGCCAAGAUCACACGGCCCGCAGCCCAUGGACCGGUUGCUCACAGUUUCUGCCGACAACGCAAAAGAUCAUCCAAUUCAGCGACGGCAAAGCACCGAAACCGACGGACAAGAUUGUGUACGUAGCCGGUGCGUUCGAUCUGUUCCACGUUGGCCAUCUGGACUUCCUGGAGAAGGCGAAGGAGUACGGCGAUUAUCUGAUCGUCGGUCUGCAUACGGAUCCGGUGGUAAACCAGUACAAGGGCGGCAACUAUCCGAUCAUGAACCUGCACGAGCGUGUCCUGAGUGUGUUGGCCUGCAAGUAUGUGAAUGAGGUUGUUAUUGGAGCACCGUAUUCAGUGACGGCAGACCUAAUGGAGCACUUUAACGUGGGUCUGGUGUGCCACGGGCAGACGCACAUAGCGCUGGAUGUGGGUAACAUUGAUCCGUACGCAAUACCGAAACAGAUGGGAAAGUUUAUGCUAAUCGAUUCAGGCAAUACCAUCACCACGGAGGAUAUCGUCGAGCGAAUCAUCCGCCAUCGGCUAGAGUUUGAGCAGCGCAACAAAAAGAAGGAAAAGAAAGAGAUUGAAGUGUACGAAGCGAUGCAAAAGGUAAAACUGGCGCAAAAAUCCGGUUGACCCACCACCACCACCGUUGACGA